CUUGACGUCACUUCCACCCGCGGGAAAAUUCAGAAUGUGACGUUUGACUUCCUCGGAUCAAACAGACGCAAAGAAGAAGAAGAAGAAGACGAAGAGGAGGAAGAGGAGCGUCAGUUUACGUCUUAAUAACCACACGUGUGUGUGUGUGUGAGUGACAUCACAACAACCGAUAAUUCAAAAAUGUCAAAGAAGAGAGGACUGAGUUUGGAGGAGAAGAGAACUCGCAUGAUGGAGAUUUUCUUUGAAUCGAAAGAUGUGUUUCAGCUGAAAGACAUUGAGAAGAUUGCCCCGAAGUCAAAGGGCAUAUCUCCCAUGACUGUGAAAGAAGUGCUGCAGAGCUUGGUGGAUGACAACAUGGUGGACUGUGAAAGAGUGGGUACGUCCAACUACUACUGGGCCUUCCCCAGUAAGGCCUUAAAUGCUCGCAAGCACAAACUGGAGGAUCUGCAGAAACAGAUAUCUGAUGCCAAACAGAGAAAAGUGAGUCUGCAGAAAGUGGUUGAAAAGGCGAAAGUCGGACGUCAAGAUACAAAAGAGAGAAGCUCCCUGCUGAAGGAGCUGCAGGCUCUGAGAGAGGAACGAACUCAGCUGAAGGCCGAGGUGGAGAAGUACAGAGAAUGUGACCCAGAAGUUGUCGAGGAGAUGAGGAAGUCAAAUGUCACAGCGAAAGAGGCUGUCUCCAGGUGGACAGAUAAUGUCUUUGCCAUCAAGUCCUGGACCAAGAAGAAGUUUUCCUUUGAUGACAGCCGCAUCAAUAAAGCCUUCGGGAUCCCCGAGGACUUUGACUACAUGGACUGAUUCAUAUUCUGCUCGUGGACACCAGAAGAGUAAAAAUAAGAGUUUAAGCUUCAGUUGGAAGCCUCCGCACCUGGUCCCUAACGUCUGUUCUGCGCAUUAGAGUGAAAAUAAAGCUACCAGGAUUUAUAUAAAAGCCCGGGGGUGGGCUUUAGAGUCCGGAUGGAUAGCCGUGAGUUUGCUGCAACAGAUGGACUUUAUCAGCAGAUAUUUUGCUUUGGUGCAACCAGAGACUGAACCGUCCAUUAGUGGCAGUGAGGAGUGAGUGGGUUCUGAGCAGCCAGACGUUGGGGACACCUGUUUGCAUGAAAACUGAGAACUCCAAGUUGAUGAUGGAGAGGAAUCAACACUUAACACCGACGUGUCACCAGUGAUCUAAUUUAUAUGGUGUUAGCAGAUGGUUUGGAAUCGAAUGCUUGGGCACUUUUUACGCCUUAUUUUCAUGUACUUGUCGGGCAGCUAAAAAAAACUGUUUAAACCGAAGCGUAAUCUGUUCAUUCAUAAGUGCACUGGGACUGAUGUGAGAAUUCAAUUACAGAAUAUACGCUGAGGAUAUGUUUUGUCUACAAGUGGUGUAAAUAUUUACGUUUUUUGCAGAACCACUUUUCUUGUGUCGCAAAUAAAACGUCCCUCUGAGUUUUACAAGACGUUUUUCCUGCAGCUGUAUUCAUUUAAAUGCAUUUACAUCAGGCCUCCAAAUCGUUUGUAUUUUUUUUUUUACCUCUGUAAGAACAGAAAAGGAACCCUGUUGACAUGAAAUAUCUAGAAUGACUCAACUUCUGCGUUUUCCACCCUUUUUUUUUCCUGCUGAACCAGAUGUAAAACAGGUAGUUGCGUGUUCUGUGUUUACUCAAUGACCCUGUUGUCACGUUCAGUUUUAUCUGUGCUCUCUGCUUGUCUUGUCGUUAAUGACAUGUAAACAUGUUACUUUCUUUUAUUUGACAGUAUAUGGGAGUUCUUUCAUCUCUAAGUCGUUGAGGAGAACAUGUUUAUAUUAGGAGACAAAUGUCAUGGGAACAAUAUGUAUCCUUGGAAACACAGUAGUGAUUACAAGUGUAGGUAGUUUGCCUUUUUUCGAAUGCUUAAGCUCUAUUAUAUAGACUCAUAGGGAUAAUCUGUCACUAGACAAUGGGCAAAUGGCACUAUUAUCAUAUGUACAUUUAUUGUGGCAACCCUAAGCCUGUUGUUAGUACAACACUGAUCCACUCAAAAAAAAUCUAAGUACCUCACUGCACUUUUGUGUGGAGGAGCUGACACACCUGCAAACUGGUAACCUGAGUGUGUGUUCAUGUGUGUACCUGCCCAACUCGUCCCAACUAUGAUUCAUGAGUCAGAGGUGCUGAAACAGAGCAUAGUUUUACCUAUGUGUCACUCACCUAACUUAGUCAUUUCCUGGAGUUCCUGAGGUGAAAUGUGAUGUUCAAAAGACCAACUAGUAGUCAUAAGGUUAAUAUAAAAUAAAGUAUUUUUCCCCUAA